AUGCCAAACAAAUAUACUCCUCCUACAGUUAAUACUGUUACUUUAUCAUCAUCAGUAUUGUUAUCAUUACUUAGACACACAUCAGAGCAUUAUCCAUCCAUUUUUUCAGGUGCAUUGUUGGGGUUUGAGGAUGACAAAACGGUUGAUAUCACUCAUAUUUUCCCAUUCCCAUAUCCAGAUCAAUACGAAGGAGGCUCAUUUAAAUCUAAGAGUGGAAGUCAGUACCAAAAAGAUUUAUUAGAAAAUUACAAGAAAUUGGGCUAUGGCGUUGAAUUUCAAGGGUGGUUCCAAUCCACAAUUUCUGGUAAUUUUGUCACUAGUCAAUUGGUUGAAGCUGUAGCUCAACAGCAAUUACAGAAUCCAAAUGUUUUCAUCUUAAUCCACGAUAUGUCUAGUAUCGGACAAGAAAUAAAUUUGAAAGCACUUAGAUUGUCCACUGGAUAUAUGAAUUCUUAUGUCGAUGGUAAAUGGAAAUCAAGAGAUUUGGAAAAGAACAAGAUAUCAUAUUUGAAUAUAUUUGACGAAUUAGAACUUGACGUACAAAACCAAUCUUUGGUCAACUUAUACUUGGCAUCAUCUAGACCAUCAUCGAUAUCCGAAUCGGAUUACAAUAUCGUCAACUUGUUAUCCAAUUCUAAUUCAACUGCACACUUGUUAGAAUCAUUAUAUGGACAAGUAGAUUCAUUCAAUUAUGACCAAAAUAACUUCAACUAUUAUCAAAGACAAUAUUCAAAAGAACAAGGCAAGAUUCAACAGUGGAAACAUCAAAGAAAAGUUGAUAAUUUAGAGAGAGCCAAGAACGGAGAAAAAGAAUUGGAUACUGAUGAAUGGAAGUCACAAUUUAAAUUACCUGUCGAACCAUCAAGACUAAACAACAUGCUUUAUAGUCAUUCAAUUGAUGUAUUGGCAGAUGAUAUUUUAAAGAAAUGUGAUGAGAAAUUGAAAAAGAGUUUUGCUAUAAAUAGAAAAUUAACUUCAUAA